GAAAGAGAAGGGGGAGGGAGGGCGAGAAGGAGGGAAACACAGGCAGCCGCUGGGGCUGGGGGAGGGGGGAGUGGAAGACCAAUGCCAUCAGCCGGAGCCCAGGAAGAAAAUGGGCCCAGCAGCCCACGCUCGCUCGCUGGCCAGCCGCUCUUGACAGCUGGAUUUUAACGCCCUCCCCCCAGUCCCCCUUUUCUUUUUCCCAAGCUGCAAGGAAGAAGUUCGGAAGGCUUUCCCUUUCUCCCGCCCCCCCCCCCCCCCCACCUCCUCUUCCCAAUCAUUUGCCCCAGCGAGCCUUCUCCGCCUGGAGUUUCCUCUUCUAGACAAGAGCGAGCCCCAGCCAGAGUGAACAGAAGCCUGGAAACCCAGUCAGAGUCAAAGCCGGAGCCGGAGCCGGAGCCAGAGCUGGAGCCCGAGACGGAACCCGAACCUGAGCCAGAUCUGUCGCGGGCACCUAGGGGUCUGUCGGGCGGACUGACCAGCCCUUCCUGGGCUCUGACUAAUCGCUAGCGACUUAGCCCCUUGUGAGCUAGGCUUAGUCCUGAACUGGACCUCCCGUGCCCACCCGGGGGCGCCGAUGGAUCCCCCGGAGCUCCGUCUCGGUCCGACGCGGGAAUGCCCCUUGCGCUGAGCCGCACCAGCACCCAGCUGCUGCGGGGCGGGCUUGGGGCGGUGUCGGCUGCGGGCGCUUGCGGACGGCGGGGCACGUUAGCUCCUGGGCAGCCUGUGGCCCUUGGGGAGCAAGCUGUCGGCAGUGUCCGGGGGCUCAGCUCUUCCCUGGGUUGACGCGAAGGGCCCGGUGGGCCGGAAGAUGAUGUGGCUCUGUGCGCUCUGGGAGCUGACGCCCCUGGCAGCCGCCGUCUCAGGCCAGCAGCCGCCAAAGGGCAGGAUGAUGUGUGCCCGCAGCGUGCCGGUGCCCCGCGCGUCCUCUCCAGUAGCCCCCUCCUCCUUUUCCUCCGCCUGUUUCUGCUGCUCCGGACGCGUGUUGCCUUCCUCCCAGGGCUGGGAUGGGGGCUGCAGAACUGUCUGAGCGUCCGCGGCCGCCUGCGUCUCGGAUCUAAUCCAUCGGUCUCCUGGUUGGGCCGAUUGUUUUCUGUGUGCAAGCCGGGGACGCUGCUCUGAAACCGGGGCGAAGGGUAGGCGCCGCGGGUGGGCCGGCAGGACGGUAGGCACGGAGCAGGGCCCUCGGGGCGAUGCCUUGAACCCUUGGACGCUCCAGAGCCAGGGCCCUCCUCCUUCUGGGCCGACCCAUGGCAGGGAAGCCCCGCUAAAGCCGCCCAGGGAGGGGCUGGGCCGCGCUCAGCACCCCAGAGACCCUCCACCACCACCACUCCAGGGCAGAGCUUCUCCACCGGGGCUGGGGUAAAGGGGUCCCCCCCCCCCCCCCGAGCCCUUCUAGACGCUCAUUUCCCGAAGGUAGUCCCACUGUACAGGUAUAAUCCAGGAGGAGAAAGGGAUUUCCUUCCUGCAGACUGGGCUCUCUCUCCCCUCCUCCCCGCCCCGUGCCCUCGCCGUGAGGGCGGACGGGCGGUUCCCGGGGGCGCUAGGCUCCCGGGGAUCUCCCUCCCCGAGGUCCCUCCCCCCCCUUUUCUUCUUUCCUCCCUCCCUCUCUCCCUUUUUUCCUUGUCUGCACAGCUCGUGGUGAAUCGAGGUUCCCACAGCUUCUGGCGCUCCUGGAGCUAGCCCCACAGCUGGUAACAGCUGCCACAGCAACACCAAACCCGGUGAAGCACCAGUACUCGGACCCCAUCCGACCUCACUUCGAUUUGUGCCCCCUCCCCUUUCCAGCUAGCCUUUGACUUCUAGACGCACGGCAGUCAGGUCCGUUUGGAACCAAACAUAAAUCAAGCCGUCCACACAAGCACCACUGAAGCCCGGGAGUGGUGGGCGAUGUCGGUAGCGCUGGCUGACCUGGGGGAAAUGGCUCUUUUGGUCUCGCAGAGACAGCCAGCGGGGACUUAAGUGGCUGCCCGGCUUUUUCUCCCUUCUCAGCUUUGGUGGUUUCUUUUCUACAGGCCCUUAUCUUUUACUCACUUUUUAGCUUUUGUUGUUGUUAGCAGGAGGAACGUCUGCCCGCCCCGCGCCCACCGCUUUGUACAGUUUUUAUAUAGAGUUCUCACUUCUCACCUUUGCUUGGGGUUCAGGGUGCAGCCAGGACCCUCAGGGCAGGUGUUCGGGGACCCGGGCCCGGAGCUGCCUUCUUAUUUGGGACAGCAUCUCAGUGUACAGAAACUCCAGAGCCGGGCGGGACUCCAGGCAAGCCUGGUCAAGCGCCUUGCUCAGCCUCACCUCGACAGCCGAGUUCCCCGGCUCCAAGACCUCGGGGCCAGCGUGGGGGGACGGGGUGACUCCGACUCUCAGAAAGAACCACCGUUCUUUUACUUUCUGCAGCGGCACUCCGGGAAGUUUACACUCGGAUUUACCUUCGUUUUGUCUCCACCAACAAACAGUUUCUUCGUGGUCCCCCCAUUGCCCACGGAUACAGACUGAAUUAGUCUGCUGCGGGGAGCCCCGUUUUCUCUACUGCAGCCAACACAGAGCUUCCUCAUCACUGCCUCCCCUUUGCCUAAUCGAGGCACUUUCGGGGUCCUGACUGGUCUGCCUUGGAUUAGAAGGGAAGGCGGCCAGCCCUCCUUCCUCUCCCGACCCAGGAGCCUCCAAGGGCUGGAGCUAGCUCCCCGACGGCUGAGCCGCGAUGGCCGCGGCCAUUGCCAGCUCGUUGAUCCGCCAGAAGCGCCAGGCUAGGGAAUCUAACAGCGAUCGGGUUUCGGCCUCCAAGCGCCGCUCCAGCCCCAGCAAGGAUGGGCGCUCGCUGUGCGAGAGGCAUGUCCUCGGGGUUUUCAGCAAGGUGCGUUUCUGCAGUGGCCGGAAGAGGCCCGUGAGGCGGAGACCAGAACCCCAGCUGAAAGGAAUUGUGACAAGGUUAUUCAGCCAGCAGGGAUAUUUCCUGCAGAUGCACCCAGAUGGCACAAUCGAUGGCACCAAGGACGAGAACAGUGACUACACCCUUUUCAACCUGAUCCCUGUGGGCCUCCGGGUUGUGGCAAUCCAGGGAGUGAAAGCCAGCCUCUAUGUGGCAAUGAACGGAGAAGGGUAUCUCUACAGCUCCGAUGUUUUCACACCUGAGUGCAAAUUUAAGGAAUCUGUUUUUGAAAAUUACUACGUCAUCUAUUCUUCUACACUUUACCGGCAGCAAGAAUCAGGGCGAGCUUGGUUUCUGGGACUCAAUAAAGAAGGUCAAAUUAUGAAAGGAAACAGAGUGAAAAAAACCAAACCUUCAUCACACUUUGUCCCUAAACCCAUUGAAGUGUGCAUGUACAGAGAGCCAUCAUUGCAUGAAAUUGGAGAAAAGCAAGGACGUUCCAGGAAAAGUUCCGGCACACCGACGAUGAACGGAGGGAAAGUGGUGAAUCAGGAUUCCACAUAGCUGAGAAUGCUUCCCUUCUGUGCACACUCCACCCCUUCCUCCUUCCCCCGUCCCUGGCACCCCAUCCCUUCCCAGUACCCAUGGAGACAACAAUACACUGACCAGGCAGGACUUAGGGGCUAAGAUUGGGAAUGCAAAAUCUGGGUUUGGGGAAGAUGAUGAAAUUCAACCUCAAUCUUGCCUGUUGCAAUGUUGUAGAAACACACACACACACACACACACACACACACACACACGCGCGCGCGCACACACGUACACAUACACAUACACAUACACAUGCAAUGUAAAGAAAAAUAGUAAAUAAAUCUAGUCUCCACUAUCAUUUUUAAGCAAACCCUUCACUCUAUUAUGGGAGAGGGGAAAGGUAGCUCCCUGCAUAAUUUUCAUAAAGAUGCUACCAUAAAAAGCUAGGACUUGGAAGAAAUGAACCUCACCCCUGAGGUUCUCCACUACCCCCACCACCCCAGACUGCUUGAAUUGCUACAAAAAGCCCUAAAGUGGGGGAAGGGCUGCUUUUGUGUUUUUGUUGUACUCUUUGUGGCUGUCUCUAUAAUUCCCUAUCUUUUUAAGAAGCCUGAAAAUGUGUGGGUUUGUGUUUUCUGUUAAAGCUUCCCAAAUGCCUGCUGAAAGCCCCCUUUGAAAUUCCCCUUCUCUUACGCCCCUCUCCCAUCAUUCAGGCCAUUCUGUCUGGGACUUUGUAGUACCAGAGAAUGUUGGAUUAUUCAUUAUUGACAGUUUAAUGGAAGAAGGUUGCAGGCAGAAGGAUAACCUUAAGGAUUUCUAGUGGUCUUAGUUGAUACCAACAUUUCAGGAAAAAAACAAAAACAAAAACUUUCAGAUCCUAAUGAUUGAAACCUCAUUCCAAUUUUCAAAGGCUUUUGUUAUGGGGUCUUUUAAAAAUGUCAUUUAGAAAAGUCACUGUUAUAAGAUUAAAGGUAUCUCAGAGAGAUUUGUGGCCACACUCAAAAUCCCCCUCUUAGAAAUUUCACUAUUUUAGUUAACCAUUAUAUUCGUCUCCUAUCCUGUGGAAACUCUUGAGUAGGGAGAUAAUGAAUCUCCCAUAUCAGAAUGUUCAUCCAGGAUUAAAUAGGAAAAUGGAGCUGAAGAAGGGACAUAAGUCCUGGCACAUUGUUGAGGGCAAACUGGGCUUCAUUCUUUUUCCCCUGCCUGAAGUUGACACACACAAGUCAUUACCCAAUAUCAGCUGAGUCAUCAGGAAGAAAGGUAUUGCACUUGACAGCUGAUUUGGGGCUCUAUAAACAUUCUACUUUCUCCUUAUCUACUUCGACCAGCAUCUGACUGGCAAUGUAGCUAUCUCUCUAACCCCUUAUAGAUUCGCCAGUUCUCCUGACUACCCUCAAUGCCACAGACAGUCUGAGUAUCCCCACCCAGGCUGGACUGUGUUCUCAGGGCUAAGUUUAGGGACUCGUGGUGACGGAAAAGCACAUCUUUAGGGCUAAAUGGUAGAUGCCUAGAAUAGCAUCUUAGAGUGUGGUUGGGUGAUAGAGAAGGAAAGAAAGUAGGUGGCUGGAGAAGAAAUGGAUUAUCUAAUUAUCAGUGUAGUGUUCUCAUUGAAAUCAGUGUUGCUUCAUUUCUGGGGGGAAAGAGAGAGAGAACUAGAAAGAGAGAGAGAGAGGGACAGAGAGACAGAGAGAGAUCCAGACAGACACAGACAGAGAAACACAGAGACCAAGACAAAGACAGAGAGAGACAGAGUCAGAGAGACAAAAACAGUGAGAGACAGAGUGACACAGAGAGAGAGAGGGAGAGAGAGAGAGAGAAAAGAGGGGAUAGAACUUAUCUUGGUUUACAUAUUUAGAACUGGAUAGGACCUCAGAGGUCAUUAAGUUUAAGUUCCUCAUUUUGUAGAUGAAUGGUUGAAGCCUAGAUAAAUUUCAACUUUCCCAAGGUCAUGCAGGUCAUAAAUGGCAGUAGACGGAUUUAAAUCCAGGGACAAGACUACAAAUGUAGUAUCUUCUCCACUGUAUCCUGACUGACUACAUACGAUGCUUUAGUAACUCUUGUUGAAAAGAGAUGGUGCAGAGAAAUCUACAAACGACUUCACUGUCCCAUAUGUAUUCUUCCAAAUAUGAAACCUGUAGUUCCCCCACCUGCUGACCAAACAUCUGGGUGUUACAAUGAUCAUGACUUUGAGGUGGGUUGCCAUGUGCCCUGAAAGCUUCCUUCCUUUCCUUAGCUGUAAACAACUGCUUCCACUCGUCAUAACUGUUCGUGACUGGCUCAUGUGCUAAGCUCUAUCUGUACAGCUGCUCCCUACCCCCUCACCAUGUAUGUCAUCAAGGCCUGCCAAAGAGAAAUGGCAUAAUAAGGUCAAGACCUUACAAGGUAAUAGCAAAGGCUAUGCAUGUAGGAAUUGGGCAAUAAUAUUUUAAGGAUAAAUGUUUUGAAAUAACAUAUGAAAACAUUAAACUCUAGCUGUUGCUCUCAUAGGAAAAUUACAGUGGAAAGAGCUCCAGAUUUGCCCUUACUCCUCUUUGCCCUGUUCCAUUCCACACAAUUGUAUCUGUGCUUUUAGCAGCACCAGGUAACCAGAUGACUGUUUUUAAAUAUGAUUCUCUUGAAAUGAUGGAGGAGGCUUUCACAGAUUGGGAAUGGGUUCCAUAGCAGGAGCUCUACUUGAGCUUCAGAAAAUUUACAAAAAAUUAUCAGAAAGAAAACAAAAGGGCCAUUUUACAGAGUGAAAUUGAAAAUAGUGAUAAAGGCAUAAGGGGCAAGAUUGAUUUCAUCCCUUUUUAUUGGGAAGAGAUAAGAUCAAGAGAGAAAACUCAGCCAUCAACAAAAUGACCAACCCAACUGCAAUGCUAUCUACUCUGUGUCAUGUAUAUUUGAGGCAAGAUGCAAUGAUUAGUUGUCCUUUGGCUAGUAUAAGUGAGAACAGGAAUAUGAGGGCACAAACUAAAGCUUAUUUUUUUCUCAGUAAUUUGAAAUAAAUGUUGAGCUCAGUAAAUUGUUUUGGAAAUGAAGGUGGCCUUACCCCCUGUGCAGGAAUGUGAGCCAUCAGUACACUAGGAGUGAGGGGCCUCCUACAUAAUGGCUGAGGAUUAGUGGUGGGAGUGUCAGGAGCCUGUGCAGCUGCUGCCCACACAAUGUUGUCAUGAAAAAUAUAUUGGCAAAAAAAAUAAAAAAGAGAGAAUUCAUCUCUAAUUCUGAUAUUGAAUUGUAGAUAAUCCACCUCCAUCCACUUUUCUGUGUGCUCCCAAACACAAAAAUCCCACCCACCCAACUACUUCUCCUACUUAAACAUUCUUCUCUUUGUAGAAAAAAAAAUAGUUUACUUUUUAGCUCUUUUUUCCAUACUUUAAUUCAGUCCUCCUAUUUUUUCUUCUUUCUUUCCUAUUGGCCAGUACAAUCCCAAAGUGGCACCAGACUGUGUUUAACACAACCUGUUGCCUUCAGGGACACUCCCUCAACACCAGGUUCUCCAACAGACCCAAAUAGUCAUGGGUGGAUUGGGAUGCUUGCUUAGGCACUCUAUUGAAGCAUUAUUCAAACCCAUGGAAUUGAAAACCAUAUACAUCCAUUUACAGACACUGGGAGACUCACAAGAGAGUUCCUAUCAGGCAUACCUGAUACCCUCCAUGCUUAAAGGUGUUGCUAUUUGGAGUUUUCAAGAGAAAACACAAUGUAAAUGUGGAUUUUGAGUUCCAAGUUAAUAAGGUUGUGGAAGAUGAAGGGCACCAGAGAGGCCAGAUGGUCAUCACAGCAUUGAGUUAGAUGAUGACUUGCCUAUUUGAGUUUCCCAGUGUCUUCUCCCAUAAUAAAGCCCUACCCCGACUCUGUCACGUUCUGCAGAUUGGCUCAGUAACGGGAGAGCCCAAUGAUGAAUGUGGCUUUGCCUGGGGUCUCUGAAUCUGAAUACCUAGCUUGGAAACGCCAUCACAUUUAGCAAAACUCUUUGUGGAUGGGGACUACUUUUGGAUCCAUGGCUGAUAUAAAUCUUGCUGAUGAUCAGUAAGUUGCUGCUGGUGGGACAUGGCAGAAGAACAAGAUGGAAACAAAGGAGGAGAACAAAGUUGCUUUCCUUCUCCUGAGAAAGUUAGAAAAUGUGGAGUGUUUGACCAAGCAUGACUACCCCUAUGAUGUGAUGUCUAGUCUCACUGACUGUGUGCCCAGUGAUUGAAGCCCUCCCGUUUCCCUCUCCAUGUUUUAGUCCCAUCAAUACGCCUUACUUUUUCGGAGGAGGUUUUCCAUGGUAUUUCCUUGUUUCAGAGUUUUCUUGCUCUAUGUCAUUGGCCCCAAAUAAUGCUCAUCCCUUCCUAGCCACAUCCCAAAGGCUCAAAUGCCUCCUCUGUCCAAAAUGUGUAAAUAGCAUUUUUUUAACAGGAACAUAUUUAAAAAGGUGGAUUGUUCUACAAAUAUAUAUGUACAUAUAUAUGCAUCUGAAAUAAGGAUAUAUUAUAUAGAGGUUUUUUUAUUUGUUUGAUUUGUGGUCUUUAGUUAUAGGUAUAUCAAAGAAUCAAGAGAUUUGAAUGCAAAACUUUAUAUAUAUAUAUAAAUGUAUAUUUCUACUGAUAGCUCAACAUGCCACUUUCUAAUAAACACGAAACAGGUAGGGGACACUGAAAUAAAAAAGCACACGCUCCUUCAGAACUUACAUGAUUUUGGGUCCCGCUGUUCGGUGAGGAAUUGCAUUCUUUUUCUUUUUCAAACAUUAUCUCUGUCCUGAAAAGCAAUAUUUUCUGGUCCAGACCCCUUGACGAAGCCAAAAACAAUGUGAAAUGAAGAACACUUAAGAGCGCAUGUAUGGGAGCAUGUUCUAACAGGCUAUUUCACUCCCCCUCCCCCUUCUGGAGAUUGUCCAAUUUAAGACUAAAGCUAAAAGUCACCGCUUAUCCUGUAACUCAAACAAGGGUUUUUGACACUCAGAAAUCAAAGCCUCGGCGGCUAGCAAAUUGAUUUGAAAGGUAAUCACAAAUGCUUGCAUUAAACUUAAUGUUAUAAAAAAAA